CCCCAACCAACGCGAAAAUGACCACCCCGCCACACAACAGCUACGCGCCCGGCCACGACGCGUCCCAAGUAAAGCACCACGAAUGGCGCACGGCCGAGAAUAGCGCGGCCUACCUGCUGCCACACCUCCAGCGCGCCGUGCAGGCCAAGCCCGACUUGCAACUGCUCGACGUCGGCGCAGGGUCCGGCACCAUCUCGGCCUCCCUCGCUAAGUACCUCCUGCCCCGCGGUCACGUGCUGGCGACAGACAUAUCGGACUCGAUCCUCGCCCGCGCCAAAGCGCAUGCUGAGGCCCAGGGGCUGGGCGCACAGAAUAUUUCUUUCCAGAAAGCGGACGUGUUCCACCUCCCCUUCGCGGACGGCGCGUUUGACGUCGUGCAUGCGCACCAGGUGCUGUGUCAUCUGUCCGAUCCGGUGGAUGCCAUCCGUGAGAUGCUCCGGGUCACGAGGCCCCGGGGCGGGCUGCUUGCGCUGCGCGAGUCGGACAUGCGCAUGUGGUGCGUCUGGCCUGAGAUUCUGGCCUUGCUGAAGUUUCAUGAGGUGAUGGUGGGCACGCUCGUGGCGAAUGGCGGGCAGGAGAAGGGCGGGAGGCAGUUGGUUAGUUGGGUUUUGCAGGCUGGGAAAGAGGUAGGGGUUAAGCGGGGGGAUGUGGAGGUGAGUUUUGGGGCGUGGUGUUAUAGCGAUGCUGGGGAUCGGAGGGCUUGGGGUGAGGCCAUGAUCGAGAGGCUGCGCACCGGACAGAUGCGAGAUAAGGCGCUCGAAAUGAGCAUUGCUACGGAGGAGGAGAUUGAGGGGAUGAUGAGGGGCUGGGAGGAGUGGAUUGAGACGGAUGAUGCCACGCUGGGCAUCAUGAAUGGGGAGGUCGUGGUAAGGAGGCCAUAGCCGGCUGGUCUACACUUGGACGAAGUGGCCGUCGUAGCGGUCAUGGUGAUUUACUGUCGACUGAACUCACCUUCGCUUUCACCCGGACGGACUCCAUGGACUUGCAGUAUUCAUUAUGAAAUCCUAGAAAGAUGCAACGGAUGUCGGCAGGGAUGAUAGCUGUUGAGAACACAGACAAUGGUCAGCAUUCCGUCA